CACAAGGAACUACCUGAUCAUAACAAGGAACCGACUCUGCCUGGUUCAUCUAAAAGGAGAGGGCUGAGAAUAUACAUCAGCGGAAUUCUGCGGAGGCCCUUCCCGUGACUGCGAUAUUUGGGGAAUCUGCUUGGAGUCGGCCGGAAGAUUUUGCAUACAAUUGGAAUCCUGCAUUGAUUGGCGCUGCCAGGUGGAGCUACCCGUUUAGUGGCUCACACUCCGCCACCUGUGUCAACGCCUCACCCUCCAACCCAAAAUGCCUCGACUUUCCUUCAUCACUGGAGCGAGGAAGCCAUCGCGGAUCCUGCGUACAGGGACGUUUAGAAAGCCUCGGAGGCUGGAGAGUCAGGAUUAUCAGACCUUGCUGGACAGGUGCCUGAAGAGCAAGCAGUUGUUUGUGGAUAGCGCCUUCCCAGCCGAACUCAGCUCCAUCGGCUGCGGAAACCUCUUGCGGAAACUGCCGCCUUACGUUGAGUGGAAGAGGCCACAGGAGCUGGUGAAGAAUCCCCAGUUUUUUGCGGAAGAUGCCAGCCGCUUUGAUUUGCAUCAGGGACUAACAGAGAAUUGCUGGUUCCUGGCUGCUCUUGCCUCGGUCACAUUUCACAAGGAUUUGCUCACCAACAUUGUCCCGUGUAACCAGAGCUUCGACAUGAACUACGCCGGAAUCUUCCAUUUCCGAUUCUGGCGCUUUGGUGAGUGGGUUGACGUGGUGGUAGAUGACCGUCUGCCAGUGGAUAAAGAUGGAAAGCUGCUAUUUGUAUCGUCUACGAGGAAGAAUUUGUUUUGGGGCGCGCUCUUGGAGAAAGCCUACGCCAAGCUCUGUGGAUCCUAUGAAGACCUACAGAUUGGUCAAGUUUCUGAGGCUUUGGUGGAUUUCACCGGCGGGGUCAACAUGACCAUCAAGCUGGAUCGUCCUCACCCUGACCUGUGGCAGACCAUGUUGCGAGCAGCCUACAGCGGGUCUUUAAUGGGCUGUCAGACUAACUCAGGACCUGAAAGGGUUUUGCAGAAUGGAUUAGUGGCAGGACACGCGUACACCGUGACGGGAAUCAGACAGGUGACCUGCAAAUCUGGCACAGAGAAUUUAGUCAGGCUGAGAAACCCAUGGGGAAAGAUUGAAUGGAAAGGAAAUUGGAGUGACAGCUCCUCGAAAUGGGACCAGCUCGGCCUGAAAGAGCGACUAUUGCUGCGGAAGACUCGAGAAGACGGAGAAUUCUGGAUGUCUGUUGAAGACUUUGAGGCCCAUUUUGUGGAGCUGGUGAUCUGUAAGCUGACCCCUGAUCUCCUGAGCCACGAGAAGGGCAAGAAGUGGACACUAUCCAUGCAGACAGGGAAAUGGGUGGCUGGGGAUACCGCUGGUGGAAGAUUGACUUUCACAGAGACCUACUGGAAAAAUCCCCAGUACCGGCUGAAGAUCUUAAAAGUAGAAAACAUAGACAAACGCACUAAUUCCUGCAACGUCCUGGUGUCGCUGCUACAAAAGCAGAACCACAAGCACAGGAACCAGUCUCCACCACUGUAUAUCGGGAUGUCCGUCUUUAAGGUGCCUCUUGAGUACCAGGGAGUUGGAAGUAAGUUACCUCAGGCCUUCUUCAUCAACAACCGCCCAGUCAACAACAAGUGUGUUUUCAUCAACGAGCGUGAGGUGACGCAAGAUUACCACCUGCUCCCUGGGUCCUACGUCAUUGUCCCUUCCACCGCAGAGCCAGACGAAGAGUGCGAGUUCAUACUUCGGGUCUUCUCCAGAAAGCAUCUUCUAGAGGAACAAGGGAAGAACCCAAAUAUCCUGUGCUGCAAGAAAAUUGCUGACAAACAAGAUGACCUGGAAAUCUGGAGAUAUUUUGAAAAGCACCCGGAAAUCAGUGUCUCCCAGUUGCAGAUGCUGCUCAAUAAAGGAAUGUGGACAAGUAUGAGAGUUACUCCAGUCAAGUUCAGCCUAGACGCCUGCAAAGUCAUUAUGGCUCAGCUGGAUGUAAAUGCUUCCGGGACUCUGAACAUGAUCGAGUUUAAUGGUCUCUGGCAGCGAGUAAUUUCUUACCAGGAGAUUUUCCAGAGGCGAGACAUUGAUAAAUCUGGAUAUCUGAAACUGAAUUACCUGCAGGCCGCAGUGCAGGAGAAAGGAAUCACGUUAAGCCCUCAGUUCUACAGCCUAUUGGGGCUGCGGUACGGAAACUCCUCUCUGAAAAUCAAUUUUGAGAAUUUCGUGUGCCUCAUGCUGAGGAUGGAAAUCAAUGGGGAAGUGUUUAAGAACUUAAGUCAAGAUGGAAAAGGAAUUUAUCUGAACGAGGCUGAGUGGAUGAUGAUGACCCUAUACUCCUGAGGACUGACUGACGGUGAACCUAUACUCCUGAGGACUGACUGAUGGUGACCCUAUACUCCUGAGGACUGACUGACGGUGACCCUAUACUCCCGAGGACUAAGAAACCAUUUUUGCUCCUUUUCUGCUGAUACAACAGCCACAAUCUGUUCUCUUCACCACCGAGCUUUUUCAUAUGACUAUUUUUAUGACUCUACGUUGAAAAUAAUUCGGGCCUGAUUCAGAGGGCGGACGCUGCCGAAGCGAUACUAUGCAUAUGCGAGUUUCAUCCCCCCCCACCUGAUGCCCCAGCGCGUGCCUGAACGUGCAAGCACUGACACACCCACUCUGAGCACCGCUUAUUCUUGACACGCCCCCUUUGGCGCACCAUCGAAUCUUGCACCAUCCCUAGAGGUGCAGCGUCUCCGUCUGAAGGGUCCUCUGAGGACACGGCCACUUUGACUGACAUCCCCGUGACACCACCAUAACACGCCCAGACAACAGACCUUUUACUUUCACCUCCCGGCCGCUGCCCAGGAACAUUCAACGCUUUCCCGACCGAUCUCCAAUACCGUCAGAGCCGAUGGCAAUAGCACCGUUUGCGCGUGCGCCGUCAGGUUUUUUUCUGAACAUUGGCAUUGCGUGCAGUUUGAGUCCGACUCAGAAUUAGGCCCCUUUGUGUUCCGGUCCGCAGACAUUUCUGAAACCUUAUUUAUUUUUGUAGACAUUUUUAUGAAUUUUUUUUUUUUUUUUUGCAACCUAUUUAUUUAUUUAUUUAUUUAUUUAUUUAUUUUUGUGGAUUUGUGGACUUUUUUGGACUCCUCUGUGAUCAAGCCGGCCUUGUUCUUCAGGUGAGGAUAUUUCUUUUCGUCAGUGAACCUUAUCGCCCAGUUACGUACAAUAGUGAUAUAUCAAUGUCUUGUAAAUGUGUCUAGUUAGAUUGUCAGUAGGUCGACCCAUAUGGCCGGCAUGCAAAAGCUUGACAUGGUCAAAAGGUCGACAGUUAAAAGGUCAACUGUGCUUAUGGUCGACGGGUACAAAAGGUCAACAGGUUCAAAAAUUCCAGAUGACAUUGGUCAACAACACACAAACGGUCAUCACAAGUUUUUUUUAUUUUGAAAAAAAUUUUUUUGCUUCAUUUACCAUCCACGUGGACUACGAUUAGGUAUAGUAACUUGUGCCGCGUACAGCGUGCCACCUCGCCUGAAGCGCGGUGAGCGAAGCGCGCCCACGAGGGUCUACGUUUCCACUAAUUGUGGUCGCAGACUGAAAAUUUUGGUAAAAAAAGACCCAACAAAAACUGUUUUGCAUCUACCAUUUUCAUGUCGACCUUUUAACCUUAUUGACUUUUGUACCAUUUUGAUCCUGUCGACCUUUGGCACGUCGAGCAUGUGGGGUCAUUCUAUUGACUGUCUGUUUUCUGAAGAUCUAUUAUACCACACCGCGACGCAAAUUGAUAUCUGCGGGCUAGGUGCAACAUGUCAUUAAAAAUAAGGUAAUGGCAAAAAUAGAGACACAGUACGAGGGAUUUGGGUGGGGGUAAGGGCAUAAUGGCAAUGGAUCUGUACUGGCAGUGUGUGGCUUGUUUAAAAUACAUAACAUUUUUCUGGAAGCUCGAUACAGUUGUUAAUCUGCAGCGUCAUACCAAUUCUUUUGCAACAAAAUGACUGACCUAGUAGUGUGCCUGGUAUACUGUGAGCGACUUAGCAUGUGGCUAUGAUGGGAAUAGAGCGCAAACUUUAGGAUAACGUACAAAUUGCCGCCUACGCGGAGUUGCGCCAAGAGUCUUGCGACGUAUGGUGCAAAGGCGCAAAGUGAAUGAGGACACAGUACAGUUCGCUGUUUUCAUUCAUGAGAGUAAUGGAAUUAUUCAUUUUAAUGUUAUUAGAAUAUAAGUUGUGUAUUAAUAAAAAACGUCAGUGGUAACUGGUUGCUCCCCUUCUUCUAAACUUCACACGUCCAGAUGCAUCCGCACAUCAUUCAAGCCCACUUAUCUAAAUAAAUAAUGACACUGACAACCAAAUGUGGCGUGAAAGGGGUCGGCUUUUAUUGACUGAGAGGAAGGCCUAUUAAAGCUAAACUUGGAUGAAAACUCCCUCUCUAACUAAGGUGGCGGGGAGAAGAACGGUUAAAAUAUUUAUCACACAUAGCAUAAAGCAGACAGCACAUGAAAA